GGUGUGUUAGUUACUUGAGGUGUGUUUUUAAAAGGACUCGGGGGAGGAACCAUGAAGCCCGCUGACCAACACGAAAAGUGAGGGAGAAAAGUUGUGUCAAGUUUUGAGACAUGGAGGUUGAAAACUUGGUGCGUUUGCAACUCGGACGGGGGAAUAUGGCGCGGCGCGUCGGCUGUGCCACGUCUCGGUUUACCGGAGAAAUACGCACAUAUGCCAGAAAGAUUACAACAUCCGCAGUUUGGUUAUGUUUCUGUCUGCUUUUCCCUUCCCCCACGGAGGCUGGACUGUAUACCGCUUCUGAUCAAGUCAUCUUGUUGAGUCCGGAGAACGUGGAGUCGGUUUUGAUCAACUCCACAGCAGCUGUAUUUGCGGAAUUUUACGCUUCGUGGUGCGGACACUGCAUUGCCUUUUCUCCGGUUUACACAAGUCUGGCGAGAGACAUUAAAGAGUGGAAGCCAGCUGUGGACCUGGCAGCUGUGGACUGUGCUGCAGAAGAGAACAGGAAGGUCUGCACUGCCUACGGCAUCAGAGAGUAUCCCACUAUCAAGUUCUUCCAUGCUUAUUCCAAGGCUGAUUCUAAAGGACAGGCUUUUAAAGCUUCUACUCAUGAUGUCCGGGUCCUCCGUCACAAGAUCAUAGACAAACUGGAAAACCAUGAGGAGCCGUGGCCCCCCGCCUGCCCCCCACUGGAGCCCACAAGCCAAGCGGAGAUCGACAGCUUCUUUGAGACCAACAACGUUCAACACCUGGCCCUGAUCUUUGAGAACACUAAAUCCUACAUCGGCCGAGAGGUAACCCUGGACCUGUUGCAGUUUGAGAAUGUCGCGGUGCGGAGAGUCCUGAGCACUGAGGAAGGUCUGGUAACCAAACUGGGAGUGACUGAGUUUCCCUCCUGCUACCUUUACUCUCCUGAAGGCAACUUCACCAGACUCCAAGUCAACAUUGAGGCUCGUACUUUCUACUCUUACGCCCUCCAGAGGCUGCCGGGAGUGGCGCGGUCGGGGAAGCCUCAACCGGUCACCGUAGACGUCCUCACCAAGAACACACAAGAGCCCUGGAAACCCUUCAACAGGUCCAGGGUGUACAUGGCCGACCUGGAGUCCACGCUGCACUACUCCCUGCGUGUGGAGCUGGCUGCUCACACUGUCAUCAAAGGAGAGGCCCUGACUUCUCUCAAGAAGUACAUCUCUGUCCUGGCAAAGUACUUUCCAGGCCGUCCAGUGGUGAUGAACCUUUUGGAGUCUCUAAACUCUCGGCUACAGACUGGCGAUGAGAUUUCCUAUGAGGCACUCAGAGAGAUACUGGAUAACACAGCUCAGUCUCCAGACACUGCCUUGCCUGAAGGAGUGAGGUGGGUGGGCUGUCAGGGUUCACAACCCCACUUUAGACGUUACCCUUGCGGGAUGUGGACUCUCUUCCAUGUUCUCACUGUCCAGGCCAAGAACGCAAGAGGCACAGGCACAGAUCCCCGGGAGGUGCUGAGUGCGAUGAGAAGCUAUGUCCACAGCUUCUUUGGCUGCAGGGCGUGUGCCGAGCACUUUGAGAUCAUGGCGAGCGAGAGCUUGGUGGAGGUGAACACGUUGUCGUCAGCGGUGCUGUGGCUUUGGUCGAGACACAAUCUCGUCAACAACAGACUGGCAGGUGCUUUGAGUGAAGACCCCAACUUCCGAAAGAUCCAGUGGCCUUCACCAGAAAUGUGUCCAGCCUGCCAUUCGGUGAAGGAAAACGGGGAGCACAGGUGGAGCCAGGAGCAGGUUUUUCCCUUCCUCAUGUCCUACUUCUCAUCCAGCACUAUCCUCACAGACUACCUCGAAGAUGAAAGCCAGAUCCUGGCAAAACAGAAGGAAAAACAUGCGAGUCAGCAGCAAGCUUUAGAAGCUCAGGUACGUGUAAAGAGGAAAGCCAGGGAGGCCUUGGACUCCAUGACGCACCCUCUGCCAUCACAAUCCACUGUGCAGGACGAGGAGGAGGAGGAGGAGGAGGAGGAGGAGGAGGAAGAGGAAGAAGAAGAAGAAGAAGAAGAAGAAGGUGGGGAAGGAGCUGCAGCAGAUGAGAUGGAGGAUAAGACAUCGGAGACGACCCCCUGGGCCAAACCUGAAAUGGAAGUGGGUCGAGGCCGGCGGCAGGCCCACAGGAAGCCGAGCAUUGUGGGCUUGAGGAUGCGAGAGCUGCAGGAGGACAUCGUGGAUCUCGACUCAUUUGUCAACCAGCACUACAAGGCCAAGGCGCUGCAGGUGGCUGUCUCCAGCCGGGUCAAACAACGCACCCUGCAGAGGAAGGAGGAGCAGGAUCCAGGGCCCGUGUUUGGGCUCGGCAUGCAGCUGGACGCCGGGCUCGGGAUGGUGGGCCUGCAGCCUAUGGAAGCAGACUUUGAGCUGGACGUGGGGAAGCAGAGAAAGAAGCGAGAACUGGCAGGCCAGCGCUUUGUUGAGGAGACAGAGUUGAGCCACAGCGGACGUUUGAUGUCUGUACUGAGCAUUGGAUUUUCCAAAGUGGACAUCAGCCUGUGUGUCAUUCUUUAUUUCCUUUCCUCCAUGAGUCUUCUGGUCAUGUGUCUUUUCUUCAAAAGAGGCCUCAGGUUACGGCGGGGUAAGCUAUCCCUACCCUAAACCAAAGUGUAGUCGGCAAUGAUUAACGGUCGUUAGGUUCAUGUAGGCUAAGGUUCGGGUUACUGUAAGGAGAUGUGUCAAGAUUAGGGCGAUCUUAGGCGGUCCACUUAACUGUUACCUACAGCCAAAGUAGGCAACAGCGUGCUUUACCCUGAAUGUCGUGGAUGUGUUGUGUCUAAAUGGAGUGAAGGGGAAAGGGAAAAUUUGCAGAUUACCUUCCAAAUCUUUGAACAUCAGGUCAGUUAUUUAAUGUUACACCUAAUCUGGCCUUUUCAGGCAGAACCUUAACUAUGGAAAGUCUGUGAAUAUAGAUGUAUAUUUCUAUAAGUGGGUUUCUGUUUGAAGUUAAGGAUAAUCAUUUUUGAUUUUUGUUUGACCGCUUAUG